UUACAACUGAGUGGCAAAGUGCGAAUUGUCGCUUUACUAAUAUGUCUGUGCUACUGGCAGACAUUGAUGCCACUUGCGCCGCGCUGGGCGUAAGCGAUGGCAAACGCUACCAAGCAGAGCCCGACGCAGCAGAAGGCUUAAAGCAUUUGAUUUGGAUAUUGCGACGCGAUGUGGAUAAUCACGAGUAUCGACGCCACUUGGGCCGUUCCAAGGUGCUGCAAACGGAUCUGGUUUAUAUGCUGCCCGACUACGUGGAGCACGAGGAGCUGGCAGAUUUGCUCAUCCGUCUGUUGGUGAUAUUAACAAAUCCCACGCUGUUGCUGUAUCGCGACGGGCCACCCAACGACAAUCAUGGAAGAAAGGUCUUUCUCGAACUGAUUGACAUAUUACAGGGCUAUAAAGCAGCCUUUGCCAAGGACAAAAUCUGGACGGCCCUGUUCGAGAAACUCAAGCAGUCUCUGGAAACUGCAUUUGCCAUACGCAGCGAGGAGCAAAAUUUACUGAUUGAACGCAUCCUGGUCCUGGUCCGAAAUGUCCUUCAAGUGCCAGCCAAUCCGGAGGCCGAGUGCCGUGCAGACAACGAUGCCAGUCUACAUGAUCAGGUCAUUUGGGCUCUACAUCAAACCGGCAUGUUGGAUCUGGUCCUCUUUAUUGUCUCCUCGCCGGAUGAGGAGCAAUUUCAUUUGCAUGGACUAGAAAUCAUUUGUCUAUUGUUUCGCGAGCAGAGCGCCGAAUCCCUGGCAGAUGCUUCACUGCAGCGCAGUCUCAGCGAGAAGCAGCGCGAUCAGCAGGAACUCCUUGCCGCCCGUCGCCGGGAGAAUGCGCGUCGUCAGGCGCGUCCGCCACCGGGGCGACACUCACGCUUUGGCGGCACGUAUGUCAUACGCAACAUGAAGUCUGUGUCGGAUCGGGACAUCAUCUGCCAUCAGCCGCUACAGCGCGUGUCGGCGAUCGAUUUCGAUCGGGAGAAGCAGGCGCAGAAACGUUCGCAUCGCCACAUCAAGGAGGAGGCGCAGGUGACGCGACGCAGCGCAUUCACCGUUAGAUUGUGCCUGCGCGAAUAUUGCAUUGAGGUGCUGCGCUCCGCUUACAAUACGCUGGUGCGGCAAGUGCGGAGGGUGCUGGAGCGGAAUGCCGGCUCGUCGAGUCACGAUGACUCUUAUCUGUUGUGGGCCAUACGAUUUUUCAUGGAGUUCAAUCGCUUGAGUGGUCUACAAUUGCAGCUUGUCAGCGAAUCGCUGAGCGUGCAAUGUUUCCACUGGGUUCUGACGCGCAUGCAACACGACAUGGACAUGAUUCAGUGCGACAAGAAGCAGGCGCGUCUCUGGGCCAAGCGCCUUCAUGUGGCCCUCCUGACAUUCCGGGAAUUGCUGCAGAGUCUGCUUGGGCUACAGAAGCUGAAGGAUGACGAUAACGCCCGUGGCCUGUUUGAUAUGUUAUUAAACAAUGUGUGCUAUGUGCUGGAGUAUCGGGAGACAAUACUGCAUUUGUUAAUGAACUACAAUGAGGGGCACAGCACAAAGGUCUUUCUGCGCGACGUUGUGGAAACGGCCAAUGUUUUUAUAAAAAUGAUGGAACGCUUCUGUCAGGAUGCAGUCCUUGUCCAGGACAAGCGGAGAGGAGGGGGUGGCAAGCGCAAGAAGCAACAUCCGGCUACCAAGUCCAAGCAGCCGCCGGCUGCCGCACAGCCAUCGGAGGAGGAACUUUCCAGAAAAUGGGCUGAAAUGGCAUCGGAGGUCAGUCUGCUACUUGCCACAGAUCUGGAGUUACCGGAGCAUGAAAGACCCUUGCCAUUUGAUGCUGCCUUGGAAAAGUCCAUUGAGGAUCAACGCGAGGACUGCAUGAUGCGCUUAAAUAAAUUGCUGCGCAGCGGUAAACUGGAGCAGGCGAUUGUCCUGCUGCGCUCUGCCAGGGAAGUUUGGCCAGAGGAGGAUGUUUUUGGCUCGUAUACCGCUGCACCAGAAGAUGAAUGGCUGCUGUUGCGUGAGAUUUUCAUGCACAACAUUACAACAGUUGAAACCGCAGAAGAGGCGAAUGUCGAUGGUAAUCAGGAUGUAGAUGCAGAUGAGGAUGAGGAGGAGCUUGAUGAGCCAGAUAAUGGACUCACAGAGAAAACAUUCAAAUUUGACGAUUUCGCUCGCAGAUUGCUGCAUCCAAAAAUUGUGCACGCCUGCACCCUGGUACUGACCGACUGGACAAGGAUACCGACGACGGCGCUGAAAGCGGCUGUUACCAUCCUGCAUCGCAUUGCCUACGGCUGCUCCUGUCCAGGCAUGCUAUACCAGGCCAAGCUGUUUCGCAUCUUUCAACAAGUCUUCGCCGUGGAACGUGAUGCCCAUCAGGAGGAGCUGCGCCGCCUGGGCAUCUAUGUGCUGCGCAAAUUUGUCGAAGUGGCACCAACUAAUCCAAAAAUCUAUGCAGAGUUAUUAUUUUACAAAGGCAUACGAGAGGCCAACGAGCUGGAGACGGGCUAUUGUGAUGCCUACGAAACCGGCACCAAGGGCGCCUGGACCGAGGAACAGGAGGUGGAGCUGCGUUUCCUCUUCGAGGAGAAUCAACGGAAUCCCGAAACCGAUAAGGAUGUGAUUGAUUGGAUUCUAGAAAAUUUGGUAGACAAGACACGCACUCGACGCGGCAUUCUAAAAAAACUAAAGGAAAUGAGUCUGCUCUUCAAAGCGCCAACGAAGCGCUCCACCAAAGCGGCCCUGGGUGGCAAGAACCUGUGGCCGCCGGAAGAGGAUGAGGAGCUAAGCAGCUUAUAUGAUCAGCAUCGCUUGGAACCGGAUUGCCUGGAGCGCAUUGUGCGUGAGUUUGAGGCGCGUCGCAACAAGCAGCAGAUUAUCAAGCGAAUGCUGCAGCCAUUUAUAGCCGACAAAUCAGAGAUUCUACCCGCCAAGCAGACGAAGGGCGGACGCAAACACUCCAAAGGACAGCAGGAGCAGAACAGCAACAGCGAGAACGAGGAUGACGACUACAUGGAGGAGCCGACAUUUGGGAAGGCGGUGGUGCCUAGGCAACCAUCCACCAAAGUCAAAGCAAAGCCCAAGCAGCGCGUUCGAACACCUUUAGAUGUGGGCACAGUGCGUGGCUUAAUUUCACAGGUGGAUGCCGAAGUGUAUCAGGAAGCAUUUGACUGGCUAAGGGAGAGUCUCGAGGAUGCCAGCGAGGAUUUCGAUGCGGCUGACGGGAAUAAUGAUGAUGAUGAUGAUGGGGUCCCGUUGCUGCCACUGCUCGAUAUACAAAAGGAUGCCAUGGAGCUGGGUGACUUUCAAAAGGUUCUCGUCGCUCUGGGCAUGCAACCGCCCAUUGUGGGCAUGGAGAGCUAUUGGCGUAUUCCAGGCUAUCUGAAUGCAGCCGAUCUUAAGCUGCGAGCCAAAAUUGUAGCCGGUGAACAAGUGGAACAAGACAAUGACAGCGAUGAGGAACCCCAACCAGCUGCUGAUGAUGAUGAUGACGACGAAGAGGAGGACUAUCUGGAUAAGCGCAGUAGGCAGCGUCUGGACGCUACAGCUGUGAAUAUAACGAAACAGCAGCAGCUCAAACUGGAUAGCCUCAUGUACAGCAAAAGCGACGACGACGACGAGGCGGCAGAGCACCGUGCAGCGCCCACAAAAGCCAAAGGAAAGCGUUCGCGCAACACCAAAGCCAGACAGAAAAUGGAGGAGCACGAAAUCAAUGAAAUAGCGCACAAAUUGGCGCGGAAAAAACGACAGCCUGAUGUGUCCAGCGAGGAGUCGGCUGGAGAGAUGGAGGAGCAGCAGCAGUCUAGCAAGCUCAAUACAGAUGAUUUAUUUGAACAAUUGAAAGCCAAGCGUGCCACUAAAAUCAAAUUAAAGGAUAUGGUUGAGAGUGAAUCAAGCCAAACAGCAGCUGAGCAGGACGAUGAUGAUGCACUCAAUUUCAAUUCGGAAGACUAUCGGGCACGGCUACUGGAGCUUGAGGAGCAGGAGCAGGAGGAACAGGCAGCUGACGGCGUGUCGCCAAUGGAGCAUGAUAAAGAGAAUGCCACAUUGCUGGCGAAUAACACAAUCAAGGCAGCCUCAUCCACAUCUACAUCGUUGCAUCGCACACGUCGUGCUAAUGUAAUUGACUCGGAUAGCGAUAACGAUGGUGAUGCCGAUGCUGAUGUUGUUGCUGGCGCCAUGGCUGCUUCCAAGGCAAACAAGCGCCCACGCAGCGACAAUGAGCAGGAUGCCGAACGGGAUGAGCCCGAUACCGAUGACGAUGACAAUGCUGAUGAUGACGAGGAUGAGGAUAUCAAUUUUCUGGCACGCAAAAAGCCAGCCGGCACCGAGAAGACGGCCAAGCGACGUCGUCUGGCUGUCAUAGAUGAUGAUGACGACGAUAUAUAAUGAUUAUGAUUUCUAGUAUUUAAUUAGGUUACUGCUCGGAUUUUGCUACUGAAUAAAUGUCACUUUGUAAUUUG